AUGAGAUCAAGACCAAACGAAAUCCCAAAACACCAAGGUGGUCUUGGCAGCCAUGGGAUGCUUGGAAAUUGGAGGGUCGCUUGUGUUCUUGAUGGGUUUCAGCUUCUUGGCAUCAGUGACGCUUCUGGUUUUGAGCUCACCGCUUCGGUUGAUCUUCAUCCCUUUGCUGUUUUUUACUGGGUUUGUGUUUGUGGGAGCGAUGACUGGGUUUGCUAUGGCUGGAGCCAUGGCCCUCACAGGCAUGUCUACUUUGGGGUGGAUUUUCCAGGAGCCUGGAGGGGCACAUGUCUUUUGGGAUUUGGUGGUGUAGCUGAGAGAUUGAAGGAACAGUUUUCGAUUGGAAAUGGUGCGUUCUCUGAGCAAAAGAAGAUUUGGGAACGGAAGAGAACCGAAGGGAAAGGGGCAAGAAGGGCAAUACGGUCAUUUUACUGUGUUUCUGAAUAG